GCAGAGGCGCCGCAGCUCCCGCAGCCGCAGCCCCAGGGCCUGGCGUAGCCCCCGCUGCCGCUCCCGCAGCUCCUGCAGCCGCCCGGCGGGCGCCCCUGCGCCGGGCAGAGCCCGAUAGGGAGCCCCUGAGCGGCGCCGUGGGGCACGGGGGGCGGCGAUGUCCCGUGGGGCGGCCGAGGGGGCCCCCGUGCCCCCCGGCCCCCCCCCAGCGCCACCCCCCGGGCGCCCCACGGUUUACGUCCUGCUGGAGGGGCCCAGCGCCCCCGACACCCUCCGGCUGCUCAGCCUGAGCUCGGUGCUCCCCGAGUCCGGGAUCGUGGCCGACAUCGAGUGGGAGCCGCCUGGGGGGGGGACGCCCGGGGACCCCAGCAGUGACCCCCCCGGCGACCCCCCCGGAGACGCCCCGGGGACCCCCGCGGAUGCUCCCGGCACUUUCUAUUGCCUGAAGAGCCAGCCGCUGCCCAGCAGCGCGGGGCCGCCCCCCCCGGCAGCCGUGGCGGCCCCCCCCCCCGCCGCCGCCCCCCCCUCGUCCCGGGUGCUGCUGCGGCAGCAGCUGAUGCGGGCGCAGGCGCAGGAGCAGGAGCAGCGGGAGAGGAGGGGGCCCCCCGGCCCCCCCGCCGCACCCGGCCCCCCCGGCCCUUCGCCCGCCAUCGCCGUCGGCGCCCCGCAGCCCCGGGCUCCCCCCCACGUGCCCCCCGAGGUGCUCAAGGUGCAGACCCACCUGGAGAACCCCACGCGUUACCACCUGCGCGCGGCGCAGCGGCAGCAGGUCCGGCAGUACCUCACCUCCGCCCUGGGCCGGGGACCCCCCAGCCCCCCGGGGCCCCCCCCGGCGCCCCCCGCCCCCCACAGCCCCCUGGCCCUGCUCCACAUCGGCCCCGGCUCCGAGAAGGAGAUCGAUGAUGUCAUCGAUGAGAUCAUCAGCCUGGAGUCCAGCUACGAGGAGCUGCUCAGCUUCGGUCCGGCCGAGGGGGGGCUCCAGCUGCCGAACACGCUGCCUGCCCCCGGGCCCCUCCUGGAGGUGUUCAGCCCCCCCCCGGGCGGCAGCAGCUCCUGCCCCGCCGAGCUGCCCCACGUCAAGGCUGAGCUCUCGGAAACGGAGGCAAAGGCGCUGCUGAAGGAGCGGCAGAAGAAGGACAACCACAACCUGAUCGAGCGGCGCCGACGGUUCAACAUCAACGACCGCAUCAAGGAGCUGGGGACCCUCAUCCCCAAAUCCAAUGACCCGGAGAUGCGCUGGAACAAGGGCACCAUCCUGAAGGCCUCGGUGGAUUACAUCCGCAAGCUGCAGAAGGAGACGCAGCGCUCCCGCGAGCUCGAGCUGCACCAGCAGCGCCUGGAGCAGGCGAACCGCAGCCUCCAGCUCCGCGUCCAGGAGCUGGAGCUGCAGGCGCAGCUGCACGGGCUCCCCCUGAGCCCUUCGGCGGCGCCGACGGCCGAGGUGGGGUGCGAGGAGGCCCCCGGGGGUCCCCCCUUCCCCCCGGGUGGUCCCCCCACUCCCCAGUGCCUCCUGGACCUGGCGCUGGCUGACGACCUGCCCCCGGGGCUGGGCCUGCCCCUCGGUCUGGGGGGGCCCGACGGGGGCCUGGAUGACAUCCUGAUGGACGACGGCGGGGGUCUGUCGCCCCUCGGCCCCCCCGGCGCCCUCCUGGCCUCCCCGGGGCCCUCCCGCGCCUCCAGCCCCCGCAGCAGCCUCAGCAUGGAGGACGACCCCUGAGCGUGGGCCCCCCCCCCCCACCCUGCGCCGCCCCUUUAAGGACCCUCGGGUGUUGCCCUUUUAAGGACACCCCUCCCCCCCACCCCACCCCGACGGCUGUUUCAGGUGGGCCCCACAGGGUGGUGUUUUAGGGCUCUUAAAAGGGGCAGGCCCUUUUUCAAGGGCGGCGUUGGCCUUUUGAGGUGCUGCCACCGUAUCGCCCUUUUAAGAUGCCCGGUUGGUGGACCCCUCCCUCCUUAAAGGACCUCGGCUUGGCAUAGCCCUUUUAAGGCCCUCGCACCGUGUCGCCCUUUUAAGUCGCUGGUGUGGGCCCCACUUCGGUGUGGCCUUUUAAAGGCCUAUGCCUGCCGUGGCCCUUUUAAGGUUCCUCUUCAGCCCUGCCCUUUCGAGAGGCAGCCCCGCCCCUCAGGGAAGCCCAGGCCCCGCCCCUGGGAAGGCCCCGCCCCCCGGCUGGCCCCGCCCCCUUCCCGCCCUUCCCCAACAAGGGGGCUCCUGGGGGCUGGGCCCUCAGGCAAGAAGCUCCGCCCUCCCCGCUGUCACUCACACGUGCCCCCGCCCACCGCACUAACGCCCCGCCCUCUUUUCGAGGCCCCGCCCCCCCUUAAAGGGGCCGCCCCCCCCUCCCCCCGCACCCCGAUUUUGUACGGAAACUGUCGCGUGGGAAAUAAAACGUUUGUU